AUGUUUUAAACUAAUACUUCUUUGGAUAAUUCAAUAACCACUUCAAAAUAAUUAAACCAAGCCCUAAUUAGAAAUAUCCUAAUAUAAAAUUCAGAUGCAAUUAAUAUAUUAAAUUCUGUCUUUUAAAAUAAUACAUCUCUUGAUGGAGGAGCUCUUUAAUUUAAUAAUGCAAAUUAAAUAGCAAUUAAUAAUUGCUCUUUCAAUUACAAUAUUGCGAAAGGUUCAGGUGGAGCUAUAUUCUUAAGAGAAGCUAAAAAACUGAUUAUAGAUAAUAAGUCAAAUGUUUCUUUUAAUUUUGCUGAAAUAGGUGGAGGUGUAAGAGUCAUAUCCUCAUAAUUUGAUCCUGAAUAGACCAUUUUAAAUAAAACUAGAAUUAGUUAAAAUACUGCUCUUAUUUAUGGAAAGGAUAUAGGAAUAUUCCCAUUUAAAAUAAUUUUAAAUUUUUAACAUCAGAAAUUUAGAUAAUUAAAAUAAGCCGAAAAUCAAAAAGAAAGAAAAAGCCUCUUGUUUAACAAAAAAUACUUUGAUAAAAUUAUUUCAGAUAGAAUUUUAGGUGAAGAAAAUCUAUUUAUUGAGUCAUUCAGAAGUGGCAACUUUUUACCAUUAAAUAUACAAUUUGUAGACUAGUACGAUUAGUUAGUUUAAUUUUCUGUUUAAAAGUUAAAAGAUGAGCUUUAUCCUUCUAGUGUAUAACAGGAAUUAAAUUCUUUUCAAAUUGAAAUUACUGCAGAUGAUUUAUUUCAUUCACAAGCUAUUGGUUAAACUUUUGUCAAUUACAAUUAGUAUAAUGAAGACUAAAAAACAUUUAAAUUUACUUCUCUCUAAAUAAAUGCACAUCCUUUAUCUAUUUAAUCCUUUUUAAUUAAGGCUAUAACUAAUUCAUUUUUACAAUCAGCUUUAAUUAAUUUAAAACUAAACAUCUAAUUCCGUUAAUGUUAGAGAGGUGAGAUUUUUAAAGUAAUAAAUUAAAAUAUUAAAAUAUGUGAAGUAUGUUAAAGUGGGUUUUAUUCUUUAAUAGACUCUUAGUAAACUUAAAAUGAAACUUUGACUUGUAUAAAAUGUCCAGCUCAAGCUACUUCUUGUGAAGCUGAUACAAUUAUUCUUAAAGAUGGUUAUUGGAGAUCGAAUAAUUACUCUGAUGAAAUAUUGGAAUGUGAUGACUUUACUUCAACUAUAACCUGCAGAGAAAAUAACCCUGAUAGUAAAUAAGGUUGCAUAAAAGGAUAUAUAGGUCCUUUAUGCUAAGAAUGUGAUUAUGAAGUUUUCACUCUACUAGUACUUAUUUGCGUUACAUGA